AUGUGUUUGGAUUUGGGGCAGUCGUCGAUGCGGCACGCGACGUGCGCUCGAUGCGGGUUGGUGUACGCCAAGGGAGAUCCGUCGGAUGAGAAGACGCACGCGCAGUAUCACGCGAAGUUUCUGGCGAAUGCGAACGGGGGCGGCGCGGGAGCGAUGACGCUGAAACCGGGGGAGGGUCAGAGCGCGGUUUGGGAGAGCGAAGACGGCGAAGCGCGAUGCGUGGCGCUCGACGGAGGCAAGGCGACCAAGAGUGCGAUCGAGCGCGUCGCGCGAGGUAUCGAACGCGAACUGAAUAUGCCAGAGGAUUGGAUUUUACAGCAAGCGAAGGGCGCGGUGAAGGCGUACGUGUGCGUGUCGAAGAAGGGUCAUCGAGUCGUCGGCGCGCUGUUUGCGGAAAAAAUCGCGCGCGCCUAUCGUACGCUUCCCGACGUAAAGAACGCUACCGACGCCACGGAAGGCACGAUCGUGAGUCAUGUGGGCGUCGCUGAAAAUGCAGUGUGUGGUAUCCGUGCGGUUUGGGUGCACUCGAGCGCGCGACGAGCGGGUUUAGCGCGCGCAAUGCUUAACGCCGCUCGAGCGCGAGCGGUUCCCGGAUACGUCGUCGCGGCGGCCGAGUGCGCGUUCACUCAGCCCACCGAAUCUGGAACCGCCUUGGCCUUGGCGUAUUGCGAGAGCGAUACAUUCUUAGUGUAUUGA